GAUGCCGCACUUCCGCUCAGGUCCUGUGUGUUGUAGCUCGGUUAGCUGUGUUAAUAAAUUGUUUGAUAAAGCUCACUGGACUUAUGCAGCAUCGACAGCGCGAGAAACGACAUUUGCUGGCGAUACAGACAGGAGAGAAGUGUAUAGAUUAUUAUUUUUUUUGUUUGUUUGCGUGAUGUGAUAUUUUAGGUUAUAUGCUUAUUGUGGGAAUGUAUGAUAAGCUCCUUUGGGUUGUUCGGACCGGAGCUACCUGGCUGCCCGUCUAUGCAGCUGUCAUCGCACCUUGGUGGUUAGCUUAGCCGCAUAGGUGAGCUAACGACCGUUCCUCCGGACAGGCAUCCAGCAGCCGCUACUUGGAGUGGAGAGUCGAAGAGUAUUUCAGCGUUUCAAACACUGCUUAAGACACUGGGCGUCUGGUCCUGCCUUGUUUUCGGGCCAUGAGUUAGCCAGGAAACGCUGCCCAGUCUUUCUUUUGGGGGGGUUGGGGGGGGGGGGGGAGACUUUGAAGUCCAAGUCGUCGGCUAGCAUCUUGCUAGCCGCUGUCAUACACCACAAGCCAGCAAAUUCACAGCCACCAGCUCGACCAUCGACGAACUUUUCUUUGUAGCUUUUAUACUCCUGGAUAUUGGAAUUGUCGCUUUUAAUAAUACCUUGUGGGAAUGAAGAAAUUUUUUGACUCACGCCGGGAGCUGGUGAGCUCGGGGCCUGGUCCGGGAGCCGGCGGAGGAAGCGGCGGCUCCGGCGGCGGAGGCAGCUUUAUCGGCCGGGUCUUCAGCAUUGGCCGACAUCAAGUGACCGUCGAAGAGAUCGUGGCUGAAGGAGGUUUUGCCAUUGUUUUUUUGGUGCGAACGAAUCCGGGCCAACGUUGCGCUCUUAAGCGGAUGUAUGUUAACAAUGAGCAUGAUCUACAAAUCUGCAAACUGGAGAUACAGAUUAUGCGGGACCUUGUGGGCCACAAAAACAUAGUUGGCUUCCUGGAUUCCAGCAUAGCUGCAGUUGGUGCUGGUGAUGUGUGGGAGGUCCUAAUCUUAAUGGAUUUCUGUCGAGGUGGACAGGUGGUCAACCUAAUGAACCAGCGCUUACAGAGUGGCUUCACAGAGGCAGAGGUGUUGCAGAUCUUUUGUGACACGUGUGAGGCUGUUGCUCGUCUGCACCAGUGCAAGACUCCAAUCAUUCAUAGGGACCUCAAGGUGGAAAAUAUUCUUCUGCAUGACCAGGGACAUUAUGUGCUGUGUGACUUUGGAAGUGCUACAAAUCACUUCCAAAACCCACAGACAGACGGUGUACCUGUCAUUGAGGAGGAAAUCAAAAAGUACACGACUUUAUCAUACCGCGCUCCUGAGAUGGUCAACCUCUAUGGUGGUAAAGUUAUCACAACAAAGGCAGAUAUAUGGGCUAUGGGAUGCCUACUGUAUAAACUAUGCUACUUCACACUUCCAUUUGGGGAGAGCCAAGUUGCUAUCUGUGAUGGCAGUUUCACUAUUCCAGACAAUUCACGCUACUCCCACGAUAUGCACUGUCUCAUCAGAUAUAUGCUGGAACCGGACCCCGACAAGAGGCCAGACAUCUAUCAAGUAUCUUACUUUGCCUUUAAUCUGAAUCGACGAGAGUGUCCGGUUCCAAAUUUACAUAAUUCGUCCAUUCCUGUAAAACUUUCCGAGCCUAUCAAAGCCAGUGAAGCAGUGGUCAAAAAGAGUCAAACCAAAGCCAGGAUCACAGACCCCAUUCCUACCACUGAAACCUCAAUAGCACCUCGACAAAGGCCUAAGGCUGGCCAGACUCAACCGCAGCCUAUAUCAGGCAUUCUUCCCAUACAAGCAGCUCUGACCCCACGCAAGAGGCCCAACGUUGCUGCCGGAGCGCCCCAGGCCAUAGGUGUUGGUAGCAAUGUCCCACCUUCAGCUCCAGGUGCCGUCCAGACUGCUCAACAGACUCCCGCAAUGCAGACCACCAACAUUCAGCCUCAGGUCACACUGCAACCUCAGCAGCUCCUCAUGAAACAGCAGCAGCCUUCCGCUUUCUUACACCCACAGAAUAACCAGCAGCAGCAGCAUGAGGUCCAUGAAAGCCCAGCUCUCCGUCUGACUCCCAUCCCCGAGUGUUCCGUCAGUGGACCAGCUGCUGACCCAGAUGUGGCAACUGCAAGGGCGCUUCACAAAGUCGGCUCCCUAACACCCCCAUCAUCACCGAAGAUGGCGGCCAAGAGUGGCCACAGACGCAUCCUAAGCGACAUCACUCACAGCGCCAUCUUCGGGGUUCCCGUCAGCAAGUCCACCCAGCUACUGCAGGCCGCCGCGGCCGAGGCCGGCCUCAACAAGUCCAAAUCAGCCAGCACAACUCCUUCUGGCUCCCCAUGCUCAUCCCAGCAGACUGUAUAUCACCCAGCUGACGCUGACACUCAGUCUGCCCGUAUUACAACCAACACUCAGCCCAGUUGGAACCCCUUUGGUGACGAUAACUUCUCCAAGCUAACUGCUGAGGAGCUGCUUAACAAAGACUUUGCAAAGCUAGCUGAAACUGCUGCACCAGAGGAGAAGCCCAGGGGUGACAAUCUUAUUCACGGCCUCAGUUCAUUUGCAGACAACUUGAUUGAUCAUGGACAGAAGUCUCACGAAACUUCUCUACUGCACCCUGACCUCUUAACCCUGGCUGAGCCUCUGAGCACAAAUGCUGCAAAGACAGAGGUGUGUGUGGAUUCACUGAUUCCUGGGUUGGAAGCCCCUCAAGCCCAGCAGCACUCGGCCCAGUCGGAGCUCAACUCUGCCAGCAUGCCAGACUCUUUAACUGGAGAGGACUCUCUGCUGGGCUGCCCUCUUCUAUCUCAUUCUUCUCCUCACGGAAACCAGAAUGUUUCUGCUCAUACUUCCUCCUAUCGCCCCUCUGCACCUCUUGACUCCUGCUCUGCAUCCUGCCUGGAGGAGCUACAGCCUGCCCAGGCAGCUGCUGACUCUCCUUUCCAAAUGUCGCAAGGAGGGAAAGGGAAUAAUGACGAGUUUGACCCUAUUCCCGUGCUGAUCUCGAAAACCUCAAACCAAGAUGUGCAACUGGAGAGGAACGGCUACUCGGUGCUUGGCCAAGAAGGACAUGAGGCGGAAUCUGUUGGAGAUUCUACAGCAAACGAGGGAUGUGUUCACUCCAGUGAUGAAGACCAGGAAAAAGAAGCCCGUCAAGAAGCGCAACAGAAUUUCGGGACUACACCUGAAGGUCAGACUUCUGUCCACGACUGCAGCGGCUCCAGACCACUGCUGCUCGACUCCGACGAAGACGAAGAACACGGGGCUCAGCCCAGCCUCCGCUCGACGCCAGCUUCCUGUGAGGCGUCAUCUGCCGUGACCUUCCAUCCGCCUGCACCCGCCCCCGUUGCCCACAAUCAUUCCCAGCUUGAUCCCGAGGCAGCCAGUGCAGACGUCUUCUCAAAAGCACCUUUUCGCCUCACACAGCAAGAAGCGGGCGACGUGUUCGCCAACGCGCCAUUUCCGAGCGGCCCGUUCGCAGCCCAGGAGCAGCCGGACGUGUUCUCCCAGGCUCCGUUUGCGAAACGAAAAGAGGCCGCAACACCUCCAAACCCUCAAGGGGCAGCUGCAAUCCCCGAACAAGGCGUGUCGGGACAGAUCGCCCCGCAUCCCUUCCGCCCGCAAGCUCUAACCAAAUAUUCCCGCCACUUUGAGGGAACGAUGACCUCGCAGCAUGUGAGCCAUGCAGCCGGCGUCCACGCUGUUGACCCUUUUGUCUGUGCGCCCUUUCACCUCAAAGCCCCACAGGAAAAGCCCUGAUGACACCAGCGCUGCAGCUGGACUGCAGGUCUGCACCAAACUCCUUUCUCAAGCUACAUUAUGCAACUCUUUCUACCUUGAAAAAACCGCUUCAAAGUUUCGUGGGUGAUGACGCAACGGUGGCUCUUUUGAUUCUUGCAUUUCCCAAAAUGAGCAGAGAGAAGUGCCAGGCAUGCAAAGGAUGCAAACCACAACCUUUCCUUGAACCCACCCAAGUGUUUUGUGCCUAACCCUGAGCAGACUUUAACUGCACUGACAUCAAACGCUUAUGCUUGAAAAUGGAAGCUGUUCACAUUGGCACAGUAACGGCAAGUACUGUACGCAAUUGUCAUUUAUGGGGCUGCUGCUCUGCGGAAAACCAAAAUUUCUGAUUUUUGUUACCCGUUUACAUACUUUUGUUUUCUCCAAUCACAGUUUAUUCUUUAAAUGACACAAGUGUCUUGCAAUUGCUAUUUAUGUCAGCAGAGUUGUUGCUUUAAUCAUCUCAAUUUAGAUCUCACUAGCAUUCCUGGACUUGGUUUUUCUUGUUCUCAAUCGUUUCGGUACGGCCAUCUACAAAAAGAAAGCUGGGUGGUCAAGCAUUUGUUUUCUUGCCUACCUCACAUUUGUCUCAUUUUUCUUGUCUGUUUGAAUUCAAGCUGAUCAUGCUUGGCUGUGUCUAUAGUACGUUUCCAUUGUUUUAAGUCGCUGUCCUGUCUCUGCUGAAAACGGAAUUAACUUACUGGAUGUGUCCAUUCCAUAUGGCAUAAUGACCUUUCUGUAUACAUGUUAGGAAUAAACUCCAUUAUAUGUUUAUUACCCAACCAUACGGGACACUACUCCAUAUGUUUGUGCUGCGCAUUAAGUAAUGUCGCUUGUAACAUGGUCCUCCAACCUGCUGCAAGACAUGGUAUUGAACACCAAGUACAAUGAUAUCUACAAUGUUCAUUUUUGCACAAAACUCCCAUUCAGUAUCUCAAAUCAGUACUGUAGGCCUUUGUAGUAAAGUUUGCACUGUAUAAUUUACAACUCCUGCAAUGAAUGCAUUUCUUAAGUCGUUGAAAUAUCAAGAGCACUUAUUGGUCAGUGCUAGUUGACAAACUAGUAGUGGUAAAGAUCAGUGGCCUAAUUAAGACACUUGUUUAGAACUUAUUUUUUCUGUGCUCUGUCACGUCACAGAGCACUUGUGUUCAUCAUGGCACUUUUACGUAGCAACAUCCGAACCCAAAGUCGAAUACAAAUGUUAAUCUCUUGUAAUGUAAAAUGUUCUGUGUUCAUAUUUGUUUGAAUGUAGCGCAACUGGAAAGUGUAUUUUGACCCGUGUUUGAAACGCAGGAUUCCACAGAAGACUUACUGUUGGACGAAAACCGCUCGAAAUACAAUACACCCUGCCUUUGUUGUUCUGAAAAAAUAUUAAAUGAAUGUACUAAAUCGUA